CCCCAUAGUUUCACAGCAUAGCUCUAGGUUUUGUGUAAAGCUCCGAUUGGUCUAGCGGCCAGAAUAGGCGUGGUGAGCUCGUUGCUACGUGCACUGUGACAUCACGAUCAGCUGUUUUGUACGGUCUGAUCUGCGGAUCAGCUGGGCGAAGCAAUAACAUCACAAUAUCUGCCGGAAAGAAAACAAGCUGCAGAUACUACGAUUAAAACGUUGUGUGAAUCAGAAUUUACACGAAGAUUCCUUCUAAGAAGAAAUACAUUUUCAUAUUUAUUUUUAUUUUUUUGUGAAUUUACUACCUCAUAUAAAAGAACACCUAAGCUAUGCUUAAGAUCGUUGUCGUUUUUAUUGUGUGGUCGUCGCGUUUACAACUUGAAUAAUCUUGCAGAUCUUUGCACAACUUGAACCAAGUGACACCUUAAAUUGUAUAGCGCCUUUUCUAAAAUUCUUGUAACAACAACAAUACGGCCAAGAAACCUGUGAUCAACCUGCCCUCUGUUACAUAUUUUAAAAAACAACAACAUUAACUAUAGUUCAAAAACAGUUUUUGUGAGAUAAACUUUUAAGGCAGCUAUCCCUUGGGAAAUAAAAACUGUGACCAUCGAACACUGAGGCAGGCAUGUUCCAGCAGCUCAGCAAUCUGUUCUUUGGAAGCGUGGAGCAAGUUACUCCAGAGCUGAGUGGACCAAAGCUCUCUGUGACUGAGGCUGAUGAAGAAGGAUGGCUUCUAGUCAACCUGCCAGGCGAGAAUGGGCCAAAGGCAGAAUCAGUAGCACAUGCCCAUCCUCACAGUGAAUGUCAUACAUCUAAAAUAUGUGUCUCAUCACCUCAUACCUGCAAAAAACGCAGAACUAGAGUGGCCAGGGUACAGGCAGGACAUCCCACUUCCCCUUCCAUAUACUCUUCUGGCCCUGUCCCCUUCUGUCACCUUGAAUCAGUAGAAGUGAAUGUGGUGUUAAGCAAGCAGGGCUCCUGUAGUGACUGCAGCAUGGAUGAGAGCUGGUUUGUCACCCCUCCCCCCUGUUUUACUGCAGAGGGAGCCACAGCGGAAGCCAGCCCCAUGGAGGACCUCCUCAUCGAGCACCCCAGCAUGUCUGUCUAUGUCUCACCUGGCCAUCUCCCUGCAAUGGAGGAGAGUGCCAUCAGCCUAGCUGGGAGUGUGAGCAGGAUGUCUGAAUCAGCACAUCCCGUUACCAGGAGCAGCAUGCCCACAAGGGUGACACAAGGAGCAGACGCCCUGACUAAAAUCACCAAGGUCUCCAGGGUUCAGAGGGCCAAAGCUCGCACAGAGCGUCACCAUCUGGGACGCAAUCUAAUGCAGCGCCAAAACCGUGCGCGUGAACAGGUCCAAGGCCGUGCAACCCACACCCGCAACUCCUUCCUGCACCAACCGUGCCAGCGCAACUUCUACCACUGAGGCACCUAAAGUUUACAAUGAGGGCAUUAUUAUACACAAACACCCCACAGCCCUUCUACUUUCUCAGUUACCCCUUUAAUUUACUGGUUUUGCAUCCAUAAUACUAUUGAGUUUAUGAAUUAAGUUUGUCUAUCCCUCGUUAAGCACAAGUGAGUGCAUGUAUAUCUGUUCCCCAUUCUUAUCUGACAGCCCACCGCUAAGGACAAUUUCUCCAAAAUUUCUUGAUUUCAACAAGAAGCUGCAUAUUUUCUGACAAUGGCCCCACUAAAUUAGACCCCAAAAGCAGAAGUUGCAGUAAGUAUAUCUAAAAUGAGAUGUAAGCAAACUAUGUAGGUAGUUCUACGAACAACACAUUAGAUCUAGAACACAAACAAUUCAAAAUCUAUGUUUCCUUUUUAUAUUUUCAUAUAUGUGUAAUCAGGUAAAUUAUCCCAACCUUGUUGAAAGGUUUAGAACAUAACCUAUUCCUUUGUUUCUGGCUGCUGAGAUACAUGGAUAUCGAGAUAGGAUCGCCAUGUAUCUCAUGUACUAAUGUCACAUUAGUAAAAGCAGCUACUACAUCAAUAGUGAUCACUUUUGAAAACGACAAUUAUAAGAAAGUAUAUAAAAAUGGAUGAACAUGAAAAACAGACUAAAUUGUAAAAAACGUUUGCAGAGCAAGACAAUGAUUAGAGAAACAUGUAUUUGUUAAGAAGAAAAUUUUAAAGCAUAUGUUAAAACAAAAAAAUCAUCAACACUUUUAAGUAGUAAUUGUAACACACAAAACUGUGUUUAAAACUAUGCCAUUACACAAGCUCUGUUGCAAACCCUAAACAUCUGACUCCCCAUAGAAAGUAGCAUCUUAGGUUUGCAAAGGAUGUUCCAAAAUUUUGCAGCAACAUUUUAUCUUUUGCAGAUUUGGUAAUCUUGGUAAAAUAUUGUGAUGAGAUUCCAGGAACAAUGUUGAGAUAAAAAUGGAGAUGGAAAGAAAUUUUAAUUUAAAAGUAUAUUUUUUUUAAUAAUUAUAAAUACCAAUAAAAUAGUAAAUCAAAUAGCUAUUGAAAUAAUGUAAAUGACUUAUUUUAACAAAUAUUUGUGUUGUGAAUUGUUUUAUUAGCUUAACAACAUGCCAACAGUAAAAUCUAGUCACCAAACUAAAAAACUGUGGCAUCUAAAGUUGCCCAUAAUGAGUGGCUAAAAUAAAUUAUAAACUUUCCUACCUUGGAAGGCAGCUAGGUGCAGCAGAUAUCUAAGAACUUACUAGGUUUUCACUCUAACGAUUGAUAUUACCAACAUCUCACUGAAUGAGUGACAUUGCACUUAAUUAAUAAAUUAAUUCAGCUAUUAAAUUAACAUAACAUAAGAAAUAAGGAAUGAGGAAAAGCUGAAAUGCAAGAAAGAGUUGUAUUUUGAUGUUUGUUAACGAUCGCAAUGUUGUCUAGUCAACAAUGUUCAUUUCCAUUAUGUGUUAGUAUGUCCCAGUACUUGCAACCUCUUUAGUGCUACUUAUUAAAAUAUAUAUACUUUCCCAUAGCAAAAACAGUGCAUACUUUUAGGGCAUAGUAUAAGUAGGCGAAUUGGGAUGUAGCAAUGGUCUUUUAGCUUUGAUGGAGGGUCCAUCAUGACAUAACUCAAAGUAUGGCAGGAACUCGUUACUAAGAAGAUGUAUUUAGUUAUUUUAAGUUAUCUUUCAGGUAUAUUGCUGUUUAGCUUUUCUUUAAAACAUGAACAUCUAAACAUGAGGUAUGGUUGCAUGUCAACAUCCAAUCUACACAUGCAGACGAUCAUAGGGGUGUCAGGGCAGUGUGCAAUGUAAUUUCAGGUCACAUUAUCAACAUGAAUACAGAGACAUUACCAUGUGAUAUGGAUUAUUAAAAGUUUUCUAAAUGGAAGAAUGUUGUUGGGUGCAUCUCAUAAAACCAUGUAUGGGUAAAAUGCCCUCGGAUAAAUAGAUUUAUAUAAAAUUUGAUUUAAAUAUUAGUACUUGUUAUAUUCUAUAUAAUCACACAAAAAAUGUAAUUGGCAAACACAGGAGUUUAAAAUUGUGUGCUUCGUCGAUUCGUUAAAAAAAAGGUGUGUUUGACUUCCUUUGUCACCAUGCAGGCCAACAGGCGUAUGGGAUCAAAGUACUACGGGAAUAAAUUUUUUCCUCUGAUUCGCCAUACAAAUGAUUGGCAAUUAAUUUGCCCUGACCAUUGAAAACGUUUUUCUUGGUUUCCUAGACAGGGUUUAGAUUAAUCCAGGAAUAGGCCUAAAUUAUAUUGGGGGAAUUAAGUGUUUUUUUUUUUACAAAAAAACCUUACAAAAACAUUACUGGUGUGCAUCUUGAGACAAGACAAUGGUCCUUAUAUGUGUUAAGAUACGUCAGUUCAAGAUGUUUUUUAAUUAAAGCAGCUUAAACAGGCAUGUUAACAGAAUACCGCCACAUAAUGUUAACCUAAAAAUAAUUUCCAGGACAAUUUCCUAUUCAGCAUAUGCUUAUGUGAGAAAUCACUGUGAACACGGAUUGAAAGAAAACUGCUGAUGUUGUUUGGUCCUUUUCUCCAAUAAUCUGUUACUUACAAAAGGCAGUUUUUUGCAUUGUUUAUAAAGUUUUGUUAAUAUAUUGUGCUCUACUUUUAUUCAACAUUUUCAUUGUAGUCUAAUUUAAAUUUGUUUGUGCAAGUUUUCAGGGUCUUGCUUGUGACAGACCAUGCAAACAUACUCUUACACUAACACAAAUGUUGAAUCCUAAAAUGUGCACUUCCUUAAUAGUCAGUAAAUACUCUGCACAUUUAUGGGAAUUCACAACAUUGUGAUCUAUCUCAUAUGUGUAUUCAGUAAUGAAUAGACUAACAAUGGUGCUAAAAAUAUAUAAAUAUAUGACUGUUUGUACAUUUAUGAGACAUUUAAGAGAGAAAGUCUUAGGUUUUAUGGAAAAUUAUGGUAUUUAGCAGUAAGCUGUUUUGUUCUAAUGGUAAAUGAGAUGUCAAAAUGUAUGGGUUAGGGGAAAAGCUAUCAUAAAAGGUAAACAAUUAUUUGCAUUCAAAUGUAUAUAAUUGCAAACUAUUUGCAGUACAGUGUUUAAAUUAUGUUCAUCUAAAAAACAUCUUCCUGUUUGAAUGGCAUCGUUUUACUUUAUGUGUAAGCCUAUUGUUCCACAUACUUCUUCUACUUGGUGUUGUUAUUAUACAAACCAACAUUUACCAUGUUGUCUUUACCACUGUCUGCUAUACCUUGCACCUCGUGCAUAAGGAGUAAAAAAAAAUAGGUUUUACAUGCAAUUUUGUUUCAUUUUCUGUUUAAUAAUUUUUGUUAUACUUGUUAAAGUCUUUCUUGUUACUCGCCAAAAUCAGUAAAAUUGUUAUUUUGAUAGUAGGCUAAAGCUCUAUAUAAACAAAUCAAUGUAAUUAUAUAUAAUUUAAUUCUAAAUGCUUUUAUUUCUUUGUUUGAAUGUAACAUGUUUGAACAUCAUCAAUACCCUACAGAGAUCCCUGUAAGAAUGUCAUUGGUGUAUCUAGAAAAAUCCAAUGCCCUGUACCCCUACAAUGGUCCUAAACAUGGUCCACUUAAAAACCGUCCUCUCUCUUUACAUGGUUUUUGUAGUAGCCUAACAUCUAGUGUAGUAGAUGCAGGGGACAAUGCAAUAUUAUAUGAUGAACAUAAAAACAAUGAUUUCUGCCUAGAGAUCCACCACUUUUGUUCACCAUCACAGCUAGACACUGUAUAUGUUUUUGUGUGUGUGGGUGUUUAAGUGUGACUAUUUAAUUUGUAGAAUUAAAAUGUCUGCUAGGCCUCACAAGAGGCUUGUACAGCUGGAAGAUAUAUAGUUAUUGUGAUUUAAAGUAAUAGUUCACAAGGUAAUGAAAACUAUCCCAUAAUCUAUUCACUCUCAUUCCAUCCCAGGUGUAUUUAACUUCCUUUCUUCAGCUAAACACAAUCCUAUUGUAUGGCAAGGCAUGCUGCAGUUGACCACCAUCCAAUGGCAUUACAAAACUAGUAGGAGUAAUAUAAAUACGUAAUGGCAUGAGGGUACAUAAAUUAUGAGAUCAUUUUUAUUUUCCAAUAACUAUCUUUAAAGGUGGGCAGCAGGUUGAUUUAAAACAUGAAAUGAUAAAGGACAACAACAAAAAAAUGCUUGUAUUUUUUCCGAUUUUGUUAAUACAAGAAAUAUUCAACUUAGUAACAAAAUACAAAAAGAGUAUUAAAAAUGAUUGCUGAUUGCUGUAUGUACCAGUAAUAUCUUUGGUGAUUGUGCCUUUUCUGCACUAUUCUGCAUGGUUUUCAUGAUGUGCCAACUGUUGAUUUCAUCGAUAUUACAAGGGCAUCAGAGACCUAUGCAAAAUACUAUGAGUUUCCAGCAUCCAUUCAGAACUGCAGGUACCAGACGAUAACAAUAAACACUCAGGAUGAAACUGCAA